ACCACAUACAUCCUGUGGAUCACAGAGAGUGUCGCUGUGUAAACGUCCUGCUGUUGGUGACAGCUACACAUGGACAAAAGAGAAAAUGGAAGGUGGACAGAGCUCCUCAUCUUCACCCCCUUAUUCUACCUAUGGAAACAUCGCAAUGGUGCCGGUUUACGGGGCUUCAAAGGAAACCGCGAGGCAGGACAAAAUCAGAUGCCAUGGUCCAAAAGCAUCACAAACCAUGGCAGAGACUGACAGAGAAAGGAUGGAGAAGUACAGAACAAUAAUCUAUAGUGUGGCAGAGGACAAAGACAUUCAUCCAGCCCUUAUUGCUGGCAUCAUCUCCAGAGAGUCCAGGGCUGGGAAAACCCUUUCUAAAGGCUGGGGAGACUGGGACUCAAAAAGAGGAGAAUAUAACUGCUGGGGACUGAUGCAGGUUGAUGUUAAUCCAAAUGGAGGUGACCACACUGCUAUAGGUGAAUGGGACAGUGAGGAACACCUCAGACAAGCCACUGGCAUCUUGAUUUCCUUUAUUAGAAUAAUCCGUAAUAAAUUUCCUAGAUGGAGCAAGGAGCACCAGCUGAAAGGAGCGAUCGCAGCCUACAAUAUGGGAGAUGGAAAUGUCCAUUCUUUUGAAGAUGUGGAUGAAAACACAACAGGGAAAGACUACUCCAAUGAUGUGCUCAGCAGGGCUCUGUGGUACAAAUGCAAUGGUUUUAGCAGUUAAGUGUUUCACAAAAUUCAAAAAAUGAUUGUUAUUAUUCACUGUUUUGUGUGAAAUGACAAAUGUAUUUUGGGUUUGAUGUGUCUAAUGGAUGUGAAAACAAUAGGGAAAAAAAAGGAAACCCCCCCCCCCCCCAAAAAAAUGAAACGGGCUCUCACACCAUCCAAGUUAAUAGUUAACCUGAUGAAUUGACCUCUAUUGAUUGGAUCACUUUGGGACUUUUGGGACGUUGUAACAUGCCAGGCAACAUGUCGAGACUGUCACUCACGACGGAAUAUUAUGGACACAUGUACAGACAUACAUGGAGUCUGAUUGACUGUCUAGAGCUAGACAACAUCUCUGAGUGCUACCUGAUGCUGAAACAUGUUUUUGUCGAAAUGUCAUAAGAAAAAGAAAAAAAAAGAAAGAAAAAAAAACAUACAAAAAAAAAAAGAUUAGUAUGAUGAAAUUAUGUAUUGUACGAUGAAAAUAGGGCCACACGGUGGUAUAGUGGUUAGCACUCUCGCCUUGCAGCGAGAAGACCCGGGUUCGAGCCCUGGUUGGAACAAGGGCCUUUCUGCAUGGAGUUUGCAUGUUCUCCCCGUGUGUGCGUGGGUUCUCUCCGGGUUCUCCGGCUUCCUCCCACAGUCCAAAAACAUGCAAUGUGGGGAUUAGGUAAAUUGGACACUCUAAAUUGACCAUAGGAGUGAGUGUGAGAGUGGAUGGUUGUUUGUCUCUAUCUGUGUGUGGCCCUGCGAUGGACUGGCGAACUGUCCAGGGUGUACCCCGCCUAUCGCCCGAUGUAGCUGAGAUUGGCACAGCACCCCCCGCGACCCUCUGGCGGAGGAUAAAGCGGUAGAUGAUGACUGACUGAUGACUGACAAAUACAUAGUUGAUUC